AUGUCAGACCCCAAAAACUACACGGUGGGCUGGAUAUGCGCCAUCACGGUCGAAUAUGUUGCUGCUCAGCUAUUCCUUGACGAAGAACAUGAAGGACCGCAACAUCUUCCUCAAAAUGAUUACAAUAAUUAUAAAUUGGGUAAAAUGGGAAGCCACAAUGUCGUCAUUGCUGUGUUACCUGAUGGGGAAUAUGGGACCUCUUCUGCAGCGCGCGUGGCUGCGGAUAUGCACCAUAGCUUCCCAAAUGUUAGAAUUGGGCUAAUAGUUGGUAUUGGCGGUGGAGCUCCCAACAAAGAGAAUAAAAUUCAUUUGGGAGACGUUGUGGUUAGCUCUCCUCGCAAUGGCUUGGGCGGCAUACUCUCUUAUGACUCGGGCAAGGCGAUACAAGACCAAGCAUUUCAGAUGUCAAAGUUCUUAAAUCAGCCACCCACCUACCUUCGAACAGCAGUACAGGGCCUAAGGUCACAGUAUGAGAUAAGGGGGAAUCAGCUUGAGACAGCCAUCAAUUCUGUUCUGAACAAAAAUCCGAAGUUACGAAAAUACCGGCGACCUGACCCAAGCACCGAUAGGUUAUACCGAAGUGACGUUCUUCAUCCCAUAGGCAACACAUCAAAAUGCGCCGAUGUAUGUGAGAAUGAUCCACUAAAUCUAGUAUCUCGACUUAUACGAACCGAAGAUGAGGAUAAUCCAAUGGUUCACUAUGGUAUAAUUGCUUCUGCAAACACACUCAUCAAGGACGCUAUGGUACGAGAUGAGCUUGCCAAAGAAAAGGGCGUUUUGUGUUUUGAGAUGGAGUCGGCUGGAUUGAUAAACCAUUUCCCUUGCCUGGUUAUUCGUGGCAUAUGUGACUACGCGGACACUCAUAAGAAUGAUGAUUGGCAUGGAUAUGCGGCCAUGACAGCUGCGGCAUAUGCAAAAGAUCUUCUCCGCCAGAUCCCCCCGAACAAAGUUGAAGCUGAGCGUAGAAUUGACAGUCAACUUGACAAGAUUGACGAAAAGUUGGAUGCCAUGAAUCAACGCGCCAUACUCGAUAAAUUGCCUGUCGCCAGAGAAGCAGCCUUCAACUCAAUCCCUGAGGCACAGGAAUCAACCUGCCUUGCCGGCACCAGAGUCGAUAUUCUCCAUCGGAUAUCUGAAUGGGCCAACGAUUUCAACACCAAACCUAUCUUUUGGCUCAGCGGCAUGGCUGGGACCGGAAAAUCCACAAUUUCUCGCACCAUCGCUCAGUCCUUUGCUGGUCAUCUUGGUGCCAGCUUCUUCUUUAAAAGGGGAGAUGCGGACCGAGGGACUGCAUCUAAGAUUUUUACGACAAUCGCUGCCGACCUACUCAUACGAGAACCUGCUCUCGCUCCGUACAUUAAGCAAGCUAUCGACAAUGAUCCUGCUGUUCCAUGGAAAGGGCUGCAAGAGCAGUUUGAUCAGCUCAUAUCGCAACCUUUGCUAAAAUUUGUCGCAGACGGAGGGAAAUUUGAUUCCGUAAUCAUUAUCAUAGACGCCCUUGAUGAAUGCGAGCGGGAAUCUCAGAUAAAAUCUAUUAUUGAUCUUCUUUCUCAUCUUAAAAUUCGAGAAGGUCUAUGUUUACGAACCUUUGUUACCAGCCGACCUGAGUUACCAGUCCGUCUUGGCUUUCAUGCUAUUGAACAUAAAAAUCUAAUCCUUCAUGAAAUACCUCAAAUCAUUAUCAAACAAGAUAUAUCGCUUUUUCUAGAGUACAAGAUAGCGGAAAUCCGCGAGAAGUUCAAUGCUUCCGUCUCAAAAGACCGGCAACUGCCCUUAGGCUGGCCUGGUGAGUCUAGCUUUCAGUCUCUGGUAAACAUGGCUGUUCCCCUGUUUAUCUUUGCUGCAACUGUUAGUCGCUUCAUUGCCGAUCGUAGGGGCGGAGACCCUGAUGAGAAAUUAAAAGAUAUCCUGCUGUAUGAGUCAAGGAGCCAGGAGUCGAGAUUAGACGCAACAUACAUGCCUGUGCUAAGCAAUAUAAUUUCUGGAUUAUCUACCCGUGAGCGAGAGAAAACAACCCAACAAUUUCAAAAUAUCAUCGGCUCGGUCAUUACUCUCGCAAGCCCCCUGUCAUCACUAGCUCUCAGUCAGAUCCUCAAUGUUUCGAAACGCAUCAUUGAUAACCAGUUAGAUCUACUUCACUCAGUCUUGCGUGUUCCCUCAUCACCUGAAUCUCCUAUAAGGCUAUUGCAUAUCUCUUUUAGAGAUUUCUUAACAGAUCCUGACAAGGAAGGAAGGAGCCCUUUCUGGAUAGAUGAGAAACAAGCACACGCAAGAAUGGCAAUUAAUUGCCUGAAUGUAAUGGGAAAACAUCUUAAAUGCUGUAUUUGCGGCAUUAGAGAUCUUGGCAUGCCUCGAUCUGAAAUUCAGCCAGCAAAAAUUGAGGCUUGCCUUCCCCCAGAAGCUCAAUAUGCUUGCUUAUACUGGACAUACCAUUUACGAAAAGCGGAGAAAUAUAUAAAUGCCAAUGAGAAAAUUUACAACUUCCUUAUAUGUCAUUUCCUCCAUUGGAUAGAAGCACUGAGCCUCAUGGGAAGAACUCAUGAAAGUCUUGGCCUGAUUAAUGAGCUAUUGCCUAUUCGAGAUCCAAUCUCCAAUCUAGAGCUGGUAUACUUUCUAAAUGACGCUAUUCGCUUCAUACGUAGAAAUAUUACUGCCAUUGAGGAAACUCCUUUACAACUAUACUCUUCCCUACUGGUUUUCGCACCACGAGACAGUGUAAUAAAAAACACCUUUAAAGGCCACAUAAGUUGGAUAGCCCGUGAGCCAGAAACAGAAAUGGAAAUUUGGAACCAGCAUCUACAAACCCUUGAGGGCCAUAGCGAUGGAAUUAAAGCCGUUGUUUUUUCGCAUAACUCAUCCUUGCUAGCAUCAGCCUCUCAUGAUGGGACCGUGCGUAUUUGGAAUACCAAUACAGGAGAGUGUCUCCAAGAGCUUCAAGUUGACACCACCGCAGUUCAGUCAGUCAUCUUCCUAGAAGGAUCUACGCGCGUGGCAUCAGUAUCCAAGAAUAUGACAAUCUGUAUCCACGAAGUGGAGACAGGCAGGUGCAUACAACAACUAAAAGGAUAUCAUAAAAUCCAUCAAGCGGCAAUUGCGGUAUACAACUCUACAUUGCUAGUGUCAGCUGCAAGUAAUGAUAUGGUGCGAAUCUGGGAUAUCAAUGCUAAAAAAUGUCUGCAAGUGCUACGCAGCCAUAGUAAGGAUGUGUUUUCACUAGCUAUUUCAACUGACUUGAAACUUUUGGUUUCGAUGUCAAACGACAAAACAGCAUUUAUUUGGGACAUCGAUUCAAAAAAGCCCAUGAAGCGAUUUCAAGCCAAUGGUGCGAUGGCCUUUUCUCGCGAUUCAAAGUACAUCGUUGCUGGGUGUAUCGAUAACUCGGGUCAUACUGGCCAAAUCACAGCGGUUACCUUUUCAAACGACUCAAAAUUGGUAGCAUCAGCUUCUGUUGAUCGAACAGUAAAGAUAUGGCAUGUUGAGCAGGGUGUAUGUAUCCAAGAGAUGCAGAACUAUAGCAGAUGGGUUUCCUCAAUCACCUUUUCGCAUGACUCGGCGAUUCUAGCACUAGCAUCGGAUGACAGCACUGUAAGGAUCUGGAAUAUUGAAGGAAAUCAAGAGAUUGAAGAGUCUCCUGAUCAAUGGGGCCCGGUUAUGUCGAUUGUUCCAUCGCCUGAUUCGACGCUGGUCGCAUCGCUACAUUCUGCUGAACGAGCGGUGCGGAUGUGGCAUGUCGACGAUGGAGAAUGCAUGGAUGAAAUCGUCAGUCAUGACUGGGUGGAUUCAGCUAACUUUUCGCUCGAUUCAGCAUUUAUAGCAACACGUUCAGUAGACCAGACGGCACAUAUCUGGCGUACCGAUUCUGGUGAAUGCGUAUACGAGUUCCUGAGUUGUAGUGCAUGGUUAGAAUCAGUAUCUUUUUCGCACGACUCAACUUUAGUGGCAUCAGCUUCUAUUGACGGGUGCGUGGUGCAGAUAUUGAAUGUCAAGGAGCAUAAGCAGAUACAAACUCUUCACGGCCAUACGGGGAUGAUUCGCUCAAUAACCUUUUCCCAUGACUCAGCUCUGAUGCUUACUGCCUCGGAGGAUAAGACAGCACGAAUCUGGCAUAUCGAAUCCGGGUUAUGUUUACAGGAGCUUCAAGGUCAUACCUGUGAGAUUACAUUCGCUGUCUUCUCUUACGAUUCAGCCCUUGCUACAUCUACCUCGUCUGAUAAACUGCGAAUCUGGGAUGUUCAAUCGGGCUCAUGCCUUCAAGAAUUUCCUGGUCACGCCAAUGAUCCUAAAAUAGCUGCAUUUUCGCAUGAUUCAGCCCUUUUAGCAGUAUCCUAUCAGGAUAAUACGGUACGGAUAUGGCAAAUCCAUACAGGUAACUGCCUGUUAGAGAUCGAUCUCGGAGCAACGACAACUCGCUUGAGUUUUUCUACUUCUCUUUCACUUUUGGCUACCGAUGUUGGUGCUAUCAAUCUACAGUAUCUGACUCAACAAUCCUCUCACAAAGAUGAACAUUAUUCAGCGAUUUGUGGAUAUGGUAUUAGCAAAGAUCGUUCUUGGAUUACAUGGAACGGCAAGAACACCUUGUGGCUACCUCCAGAGUAUCGGCCAUCAUGCUCUACUGUGCUUGGGUCUACAGUGAUGUUCGGUACUUACUCUGGCAGUGUUAUAUCAUUUAGAUUUCCAGAUGACCCAGAGUCCUAG